AUGCAGGCGUCUCUUCUGCUACUCAAGCUUCUACGCGUGCCACAUCCAACCAUCAACGUCCUCUUGCGUGUGAACCACAAGUCCAUCGAAGACAUGGAGACAAAGAUUUGUGAUCUUCGCAAAGCCUUCGUGGAAAAGCAGGAAAAGAACAUUUUGUUCGGCGGCGGCAAGACCUGGAAAGACGUUGAAGCAGACGAAGCCACCUUCGACAGAAGGGACAUUUCCCAGGAUGCGGACUUCAAACACCUCGUGAAGAACAACACAGCCACUACCAUGUGGGAACAGUGGGCCGGCGUUAUCCAACGAGGCCGUCCUGAAACACUCGUACUCUCCAAAUUGAAGCCGAAGCUCACGGUGAAGCGAGCCCCAGGACCCGGAGCAAUCAGGCGCAUUGAGCGGAAAACCCUUGGAACCAAGCUCCUCAAGGACCGGAAGGUUGUUCUCCACACGGAUGCGGCUCGGUCCUACAAGGCCAAGAUUCCUGGUGUCAUCCAUGAUAAAGUGGUUCACGCCAAGAAGCGCGUGAAGCGGAACGGCAAGUACAUCUGGCAACAGCCCAAGUAUGUUAAGGUCGUAACCCACAAGAUCCCCGACUCCAGCAAGAAGAUCGUUGUAAAGUCUGGAACCCAGAUCAUUGAUCGCUGUUGGAGGUUUUUAAAAGAGAGAAUCCGAAUCAACCAGCACACCAAGGCUGGCAGUAGACAGCUAUGUGCCAAACUUAGGUCGGCUCAAUACGAGUAUUGGUACCGUAACGAGGACCUAUGGCUCAAGUUUGGCGAACUCUGCGCUGAGAACAUGCGCAAGUUUCUCAAGUAA